UGGCGGAACUGCGCGUUGCUCUCUUUGCGCGUGCGCGCGCAGGCUCCGGCUCGCGGACUGGCGGUCCCGGCGGAGCACAGUUUGCAGCAAGGCGCCCUGGAGGAGGUGGAGGCGGUUGCCCUGCCCGAGGCGCAGGAGAACGAUGAGGACGAAGAGGAGGCACUGCCGCACUCCGAGGCGGUGGACGUGUUCCAGGAGGGUCUCGCCAUGGUAGUGCAGGACCCACUGCUCUGCGAUCUCCCGAUCCAGGUCACUUUGGAAGAGGUCAAUUCCCAAAUAGCCCUAGAAUAUGGCCAAGCAAUGACAGUUCGAGUAUGCAAAAUGGAUGGAGAAGUUAUGCCUGUGGUUGUAGUACAGAACGCCACGGUCCUGGAUCUGAAGAAGGCCAUCCAGAGAUAUGUGCAGCUCAGGCAGGAGCGUGAAGGGGGCAUUCAACACAUCAGCUGGUCCUAUGUGUGGAGAACAUACCACCUGACCUCUGCAGGAGAAAAACUCACAGAGGACAGGAAGAAGCUCCGAGAUUAUGGUAUCCGGAAUCGGGAUGAGGUGUCCUUCAUCAAAAAGCUGAGGCAAAAAUGAACCUCCAGGCAAGGACAACUCUGUGCUGCAGCCAAGCUGUUCUCCAACAGCAAGAAGCCUUGGGCCACUGUCCCCUUUCACAGAAGAGUGUCAGGGUGCACACAACUGGAACUGUCAGUGUGAACCUUGGGCCUUCAGGACUAGGACCAGAGCUUGACCCCUCCCUGGGCCCAAACACCCUAAUGGCAGAUCCCACAGAGCUGUGUACAGAAUAAAUCUCUCUGCUUCUUAGUUUGAAAAGUCAAAAAGCCACAGUAUCAGGGCAGGAGGGACUGGUGCUGUCUCAUGACAGAGGGGAGGCAAGAGCGGAGAAUGGUGCAGGUGAGUCAAGUUCAAGAUGCCACAUGGUCCUGUUAACUGUGAUCGCUACAGCAAGGAGGAAAUAAAAGCAGCGUAGCUGGC